AUGGAGGACUUUCUGCUCUCCAAUGGGUACCAGCUGGGCAAGACCAUUGGGGAAGGGACCUACUCAAAAGUCAAAGAAGCAUUUUCCAAAAAACACCAAAGAAAGGUGGCAAUUAAAAUUAUAGACAAGAUGGGAGGGCCAGAAGAAUUUAUCCAGAGAUUCCUACCUCGGGAGCUCCAGAUUGUCCGCACCCUGGACCACAAGAACAUCAUCCAGGUGUACGAGAUGCUGGAGUCUGCCGAUGGUAAAAUCUACCUGGUGAUGGAGCUGGCUGAGGGGGGGGAUGUCUUUGACUGCGUGCUGAAUGGGGGGCCGCUGCCCGAGAGCCAGGCAAAGGCCCUCUUCCGUCAGAUGGUUGAGGCCAUCCGCUACUGCCACGGCUGUGGUGUGGCCCAUCGGGACCUCAAGUGUGAGAACGCCUUGUUGCAGGGCUUCAACCUGAAGCUGACUGACUUUGGCUUCGCCAAGGUGUUGCCCAAGUCACGCCGGGAGCUGAGCCAGACCUUCUGCGGCAGCACAGCCUAUGCCGCCCCCGAGGUGCUGCAGGGCAUUCCUCACGAUAGCAAGAAGGGUGAUGUCUGGAGCAUGGGCGUUGUCCUCUACGUCAUGCUCUGUGCCAGCCUCCCCUUCGACGACACAGACAUUCCCAAGAUGCUGUGGCAGCAGCAGAAGGGGGUGUCCUUCCCCACUCAUCUGGGCAUCUCGGCUGAAUGCCAGGACUUGCUCAAACAGCUCCUGGAACCAGACAUGGUCCUCCGGCCUUCAAUCGAAGAAAUUAGUUGGCAUCCGUGGCUAGCAAGCACUUCAUAA